AUGAAGGUCCUACUUUGUGUUUUGGGGCUUAUUGCCCUGGCUUCGGCCAGACCAGAGCUUGACGAUACUACUAUCGUCAACUGGGAUGUUAAGCAGAGGCAGAUGUUUAUUCUGAAGCUGCUUAACAACAUCCUACAACCAUGCAUGUACAAGGAUAUUGAGGAAAUCGGCAAGAACUUCAAAAUUGAGGACAACGUUCAGUUAUAUGGCAAACAAGAUGUUGUGAAGACUUUCUUAUCUCGCACGAAGGAGGGUUUCUUACCUCGUGGUGAGGUAUUUACUCUUCACGUUGACAGGCAGUUGAAGGAGGUUGUGACCCUCUUCCACAUGCUGUACUACGCUAAGGACUUCGCCACUUUCAUUAAGACAGCAUGCUGGAUGCGUUUCUACGUCAACGAGGGUAUGUUUGUCUACGCCUUGACUAUUGCCGUCCGCCACCGUGACGACUGCAAGGGCAUCAUCCUUCCUCCUCCAUACGAAAUCUACCCCUACUACUUCGUCCGUGGUGAUGUCAUCCAAAAGGCUUACUGGCUUAAAAUGAAGAAAGGUCUCCUUGACCGCAAGCUGUGUGACUUCUACGGAAUCAAGAAAACCGACAAAGAUGUCUACAUCAUCGAUGAGAAUGUUUUCGAUAAGAGAGUAUGGCUGAACGACGAAGACAGGCUGCGUUACUUCACAGAAGAUAUUGAUCUAAACACUUACUACUACUACUUCCACAUCGACUAUCCAUUCUGGAUGAAGGAUGAUGUUACCACUGUUAAAUGGAUGGACAGGCGUUGGGAAAUGACACUUUACGUCUACCAGCAGAUACUGGCCCGUUACUAUCUGGAACGUCUUUCUAAUGGCUUAGGAGAAAUUCCCUUAUUAUCCUGGAACAAACCAAUCAGGAAGGGAUACUGGCCUUGGCUUAAACUGCAUAACGGUCUGGAAUUGCCCGCAAGAUGGAACGACCACAUUGUUGUAAAGGAUGACAACAUUAAAAUUGUUAAGUUAAUCCAAGAUUACGAGAAGAUCAUUAACGACGCUAUCAUUAAGGGAUUCGUUGAGAUUAACGGCAAACGAUUUGAAUUGACCGAGCCAAAACACAUUGAAAACUUAGGAAAACUCAUUUACGGUGCUGUCUACAAGAACGACAUGGACCGUACUCGUGUAGAGGCUUACCGCUACAUGCUCAUCCUUAUGAAGGCUGUCGUUGGACUUAACACUCGGGCAUCUGAUAAGUGGUUCGUCGCACCCUCCGUUCUGGACUCGUACCAAACAGCUCUUCGUGACCCAGUCUUCUACCAAUUACAAAAACGUCUGUGCUACCUGUUCAUGCUUUUCAAGAUGCGCCUUCCCAGCUACACCCAUGAAGAACUCUACUUCCCCGGAGUCAAGAUCGACAACAUUGUCGUUGACAAAUUGGUCACUUACUUCGAUGACUACUUAAUGGACAUUACCAACGCUGUUACAUUCACGGAAGAUGAAUUGAAGAAGACCAAAUCUGAUAUGACCUUCCUAGUACGUAAACGUCGUCUGAACCACCGCGAAUUCAAGAUGACCUUCGAUAUUAUGUCUGACAAGGCUGUUGACUGUGUUGUAAGAGUUUUCUUGGGACCUAAGGAAGACAACUUUGGCCGUUUAAUAGACAUCAACACGAACCGUGUCAACUUUGUUGAGCUAGACACCUUCCUAUACAAACUUAACACAGGAAAGAACACCAUUAUCAGGAACUCAUACGACAUGCACAACCUGGUUCGCGAUCGCGUUUUGAUGACUGACUUCUGGAAGAAGAUCGACACCAUUACAGACAUUAAGGAUCUGUGGUGGAAGGACUUUAAGAACUGGCACACCGGCUUCCCUACUAGGCUGGUUCUUCCCAAGGGUACCACCGGUGGCAUGAAGUUCCUGCUCUACGUGAUCGUCACCCCUCUGAAAAUGGUUGACAACAUGGACAUUACUAUGCUUGACGACAAGCGCAAAGACCGCGUUAUGGACUGGAGAUCAACAGUCUUGCUGGACAAGAUGCCUCUUGGCUUCCCUCUGGACCGUACAAUUGACGUUGCCAAAUUCUUCACCCCCAACAUGAAGUUCGUAGAUGUUAUGAUCUUCCACAAGAGCCAAGUCUGCGACAUGAAAACCCGUUGGGACAAAUAUGUGCUGAGGAACUACGAUAUGUUCGACAGAGCAGUUGAGGACCGUUACCUUACGGAUGUCGACAUAAACAUGAAGAACGACAGAGAUGUCAACGUGUUUGACCUAUAA